AUGUCGGGAGACGAUUCCACCUCAAACUACGCGCCAAAGUCGCCCGACCUUUCUUCUUUUUAUUCAAGCGGCUCCGGCCCCACCCAGCCUGCCUCACAACAUCCUCUCGGCCACGGCCAAGGGCCAGGUCAAUAUAAAGUGCAGCCUCCCGCCUACACCUAUGGCUCUUCCUACACUCCACCCAUGCCGCAAACCUCGACAUCUCUUCAGCAACAGCACAUCAAGUCCAAGUUCCCAGCCUACUUUCCGCCCGUGCAGCAGCAAUACUCACCACCGGGCCAGACCUCAAACCACUUAGCACCGCAGCCUCUGCAACAGGACCCUUACCGUCUACAACAGCCAUACCUCGGCCAGGUGCAUUCCGGACAAAUCCAGCAGCGCCAGCACGAGCAGCCGCAGCUGCUGCAGUUUCAGCAAGAAUACUCCCAAAAGUCGUCGCCGGAGUCACCAGGCUCAACCCGGCAGGCUGAUUCAGAAAUGCCUCCGCGAAGAGCUGCGGCGCAGCCGGCAGCCCCUGCCAUUGAGCCAUCACCGGUCAGGACCAAGUUCCCCACAGCAAGAAUUAAACGCAUCAUGCAGGCCGAUGAGGAAGUUGGCAAGGUUGCACAGCAGACUCCUAUUGCUGUGGGCAAGGCCUUAGAACUGUUCAUGAUUCAACUGGUCACCAAAGGCGCCGAGGUUGCCAAGGACAAGGGAUCAAAAAGAGUUACAGCACCCAUGCUGAAGCAGGUUGUCGAAACUGACGACCAAUGGGAUUUCCUGCGGGAAAUUGUUGGCCGUGUCGAAAAUGAGAAGGAGGGGAGCAAAUCCAAGGCUAAGGCUGAAAGUGACAGCGACGAGGACUCUGAGCCAAAGAAAAAGGGUCGAGGGGGCGGCCGUAGGAGGAAGGUAUAG